CAAAGAUGACAGAUCACAUACCAUUUGAAAUUCAAGAACAAAUCAUGAAAAGGCUUCCUGUCAAAACAUUGAUUCAAUUCAAAAUGGUAUCAAAACCAUGGAAAUCACUUAUCGAAAGCUCCGAGUUUAUGGCCGACUACAACCUCUCCCAAAGCGGACCAAAUCAACUAUUCAUAAGGUACGGCAAACGAUCCGAGGAGCUAAAAUAUGUUUCAAUUCUUGAUAACAACACAUUCCCACAACACAGGUUUGUUCACAGUGUUCCUGAAUCCUUUAAACUACUUAUCAGAAAACCACGAGUAGUCGGUAGUUCUCAUGGGUUGUUUUGCUUAUAUGGCGAAUAUCCAUCCGAGUUAAGUGGUUCUUACCCUGAUGGUAAUAGUAUGUUGAUUAUUAUCUGGAAUCCGUCGAUUAACAAAUCUAUUGCUCUUGAUGUGGCUGUGCGAUAUGAUCUUUUUACCAGUCUUAUAGGGUUUGGGGUUCAUCCCGAUACUCUUGACCCUGUGAUUCUCAAGAUUAAUGAUUUUAUUCCGAGUUUUGAGGUGUUUAGAUUAAGUACAGGGGUUUGGACUAUCCUCCGUAGCAAUCUGCCUCAUGAAUCGAUGGAAUUUACAUUAGAUGGUCAGGUUGAUGUCGAUGGGUUUAUGUAUUGGAUUACUUGGUAUAAGGGUGCGAGUCUCAUUGUUUCAUUUGAUAUGAUAACUGAAAAGUUUACCGAAGUAAAAUUUCCCAAGUGUUUAUCAUCUAAAUAUUUUAGCCUUUCUAAGCUAAGGGAGUCUCUUGCCGUGCUCGAAUAUUUCAAAGAGGCUGAGGCCCAUGUUUGUGCCGCAUGGAUGAUGAUGGAGGAUGGUGUUCAAAAAUCGUUUACAAAGUUAUACACGGUUAGCACACAAGUUGCAUUAUUGAACACAGUACCAGGGUUUAGGAAUUGUGGCAAACCUAUUGUGGGAACAAGAACAACAGUGGUAGACGAAGAGCAUGAAUACGAAGAACCAGUGUCGCUUUCAGUUUAUGAACCACACUCUGAAAACAUCGACGGUCUUGAGAUUUGCGGCACACCUCCUUUUUGUUUGUUUGUAGGCUCCUACACAGAAAGUUUACUUCUUCUUGAUCACCCAGAUAAUCAUGGCAAGCCUGUUCGUACUUGA